CACAGCAUUAAAAAAAAACACUGUUAUCCAGCAUUUCCAUAUUUGCGCACAAACUACACAUGUCCUCCACGAACUUGAUAACGACCGCCGUAGUUGUCGAAGAAACCGGCUCUGAUGAAUUUCACAAUGCUAAAAUUGCACAGCUUCCACGUCCUGUCCCCAAGCUUAGUCAAUCUCUUGUUAAGAUUAAAGCUGUCUCGCUCAACCACCGCGAACUCUGGAUUUUAAAAGGCCGUUAUCCGAACAUUGUUUUUAACCAGCCUCUUGGAGCUGAUGCUGUGGGAAAUGUUAUCGAGGUGAACGGAGAGACAUCGAGGUUCAAGAUUGGUGACCGUGUUAUCAUCAUGCCCUCGGAAGGGUGGAUCUCUAACCCUCGUGGCCCUGAAGAUGAGCACAAUUACGCUGUCCGUGGCGGUACCAAGGCCCCUGGCGUUUUUACUGAGUAUUAUGCAAGCGAGAAUGCAGACAUUUUCAAGGCACCAGCGCAUUUAACCGACGAAGAGGCUGCAGCUCUACCAUUGGCUGGCUUGACUGCUUAUCGUGCUUUAUUUACAAAGGGUCAAGUGGCAAAGGGUCAAAAUGUAUUGGUGACGGGCAUUGGCGGAGGUGUUGCUUUGUUUGCAUUACAGUUUGCGCUGGCUGCUGGAGCGAAUGUAUAUGUAACAUCUUCAGAUGACAGCAAAAUCGAACGCGCUAUCAAACUUGGGGCGAAGGGGGGUGUUAACUACCGCAAAGAAAAUUGGGAUCAGGAGCUAUUGAAGCUAUCGCAUGGCCAAAAGUUCGAUUUGACAAUCGACAGCGCCAGCGGACCUGGUGCUGUAACUAUUUUGAGCAAGAUCCUAGCGCAAGGAGGGAUUUUUGUUACGUUUGGGCAGACCGCAGGGGCGUUCCAGCUGGACACUGUUCCCAUUCUUCGCAACGUCGAAAUCCGUGGUAGUACUAUGGGGUCGCGUGUCGAGUUUGAACAGAUGCUCCACUUUGUAGAGGAGCAUAGGAUUAGACCCAUUGUCAGUAACGCCUUGAGUGGAUUAGAGAAUAUUCCCAAGGCUAUUGAGUAUCUGCGAGGCGGUAACCAGUUUGGGAAAGUUGUUGUUCGUUUUAACUAGAGAAAAAAUAAAAUAUAUUGGGCAAGGACCCUUUCU